AUGAGCUCUUCAGAGGGCGGUCCGCCGUCCGCCCUGCGCCGCCAGCAGCUGCGCGCACUGCUCGCCAGCUCCUUGCGUUCGACCGACACCAACCUGCUGCGGCUGUCGAAGCUCCUAUCGUACCCUGCCGGCGUCGACAGCACCCUAUGCACCAUCAACUACACUCUCACAUUUGUGCGCACUGGCCUGCAGAAGCACCUGGAGGCCAAGCUGCGCGCGCUCGCGCUGGGCAUUGCCGAGAAGGCGUCGGACGCCCUCCUGCCUGGCGACACUCUGAUCGCCUCGCUCCCGCCCACGCCCGCAAUAGUGCGCCUCACGCGCACCACCGAUGCCACCAAGAAGCUCGAGGAGCUGAUCUCCGACUUCCGCAUCUUUGUCCGCAUGUGGGGCCUGCUCGACCUGUACAUCUGGGGCCGCGGCACCUACCUCUCCCCUCCUGAAGACAGCGUCGUCAGGGCCAUCACCUGGACUCAGGUCGUCGUGAAUGUGCUGUACCAAUUCCUGGAGAACGGCGCGUACCUUGCCAGCAAGGGCAUCCUGAACACGGACGGCUGGACGGGCGAAGCGGGCGCAAAGAGGCAGACGUGGUGGUGGUUGUGGAGCUCGCGCUUCUGGGCUGCACACGUCGGUCUUGAUCUGUUCAGGCUGGGCUACGUGUGGCACCAGGAAUCCAAGCAGGCCCGGGCCGAGGGUGAAGAGAAGGAAGAGAAGCUGGAGAGGAGGAAGAAGUACCAGCGGUGGUGGAGGGACCUCAUCAGCAACGCGGCCUAUGCGCCGCUGACGGUGCACUGGAGCCUGGAAGAGGGAUGUGUGAGCGACGGAUGGGUGGGCUUGUGCGGGAUGGUGGCCGGCGGGGUGGGACUCCGCGACAAGUGGCGCCAGACAGCGGCUUGA